AUGGCGCCCACUCGCCGGGCACGUCCACGCGCUGCGCAGCGUGCUGCUCAGCGAGCUCGCAGCGCACCCCGGCAGGCUCGGAGCGCAAGUCAAAUUCUCCAAGAACCCCUUCCUCCCCUCGAAAAGGGCCCGCAUACGACCACAAGCUCGGCGAUACAUGACACCAUUUUUGUCGGCAAGCUUGGCGUGUGGAGUGGCUUCGAGGCCUCCGUACGCCAGGCUGUCGACCAUCGACAAUGGGCGAACGUGCUCGUCCCCCAUGUGCAGACUUCAGAGUAUGUACAUGUGGGUGACGAGCAUGGUGUCCAAGGGCGUUUUGAAGAGAGGGUUGGGCAAGUGCUCAGCCAUAUCUCCAAUCACCAACCUCCUUCCUUUGAGUUUGGCGAUUCGAAAUGUGUUGCGACCACUGCUCUAUCUAAGACGCCUGAUUUUAUCGUAAUGAACGGAGCUGGUAAUUCGAUCAUAGUUGGCGAGAUCAAGACUCCCUGGGUACCCGCUCAUGAUAUUAGGAGAGCGGUCCAUAGCUGGCAAAUGGGACUUAGUGACAAUCACUUGCGCAAUAUGCUAGGUCAAGUUGCGAAGUACAUGGAUCUGCUGAGUUUGAAGUACGGGGUACUCACCACUUACGACCAAGUCUUGUUUCUUCGACAAGCUGUGGUUGGCGGGGAAUGGACGCUGCAAAUUUCCCCUGUGAAGUGCCAUGACGACACUUCUAACACUGCCACUGUAACUGUUAGGGAGUGCUUCUGGCAUGUAGGACAAAUAGCUUUACAAGGUGCGGGGUUCAAUCGCACCAUAGGGGCUAGUUUCCAGGGUCAGAUUAUGCCCUGGAAAAUUAAUUGA